AUGGGUUCUCUCAGCAUCCGGGAGCCCCCAGGUCUCGCAACCCUGCCCACUGAUGUUUUCUACAUCUUGAUCUCGUAUCUCGACACCGCCAGGAGUGUUACCCGUCUAGCAGCAACCUGCAGGGGCCUCUAUGAGCUCAUCUCGGAGUGUGGCUGGCGUAUAUUCGUCAUCUCACGGUUUCCCACUUUCAGGGUCUUAAACGUCGACUCGCCAGACGAGUGGAAGAACCGAGCCCGAUCCUUGAUCUGUCAAGCCAGAGACUGGGACAGACGCGCCUUUGCCGUCGACGCUCUCGUGCCUCCGGGGAAACGGAGACGGGGCUUCGACCGACACCACGCCACCCAGUCGAUCCCCGGCAACGUGAUAGUCGACGCCCACCACUGGCGUACCGGCGCCGUCGCGCAGGACCUCGUCUUUUGGGGCGCCGGCGAGGACAUCUUUGCUUUGAUACGACACACUCGCACCGAGGCCGAGGCCGACGAGUGGCUCGGUAAGAAGGGCGCAUCAGUCGGCUACCGGUCCGGCAAGGACGACGUCACAUGCGUGUCUAUCCUCAAGGACAGCAGAUACAACUGCAGCCAAGGGGACAACCCCCAAGUGCUAGUGGGCAGGGCCAACGGGCAUCUCCGCCUCCUAUCCAUGGACCCCCAGAGCUUUGGGCGCACCCUCCUUCACUUCCGCCCGACGAAGACGCCCGCCAACGACAUCAUACUUCAGAAGCAAAUCCAGUCGUUCGAUGUCAACUACUCCCAGGGGCUGCUUGCCGCCGCAACUAAGGAGAACAUCAUAGCCUACCCUCUCACCCCCCAUCAACAAACUACUUUCGAUGGACCUGGCGACGAGAAUGUCUCUCAUAUGGGGGAGGCGCCCUACAUUGCGUCUUCACAAGCCAUAUCCCUAAAGGACAGCGUCGAUCCUUCGUGUGAUUUUGAGUUCAUCCGAUCUGUCAAGUUCACCGAUCCGGAGACUCUCGCCAUCGCUCUGAACAAGAGCUACAAUCCGCUUCAGCACCUCCGAUUCACCCCGACGGGGAUCGUGCGCGUAGCGGCAGCCAAAAUGAGCACUGCCGACUAUGAUGCAGGAAGUGCCAAGCCGAGAACAGUUAGGGCACUUUUGCCUCUCGAUACGAGUUCCGUGGUGGGUAGGGGCGGGUCUGCUCUCCUCAGCUCCUGGGACGACGGCACGAUUCGGCUCCAGGAUCUUCGCACGCCGUCGCCGUACGACAGGCUCUAUCAGGACAACUUCGAUAUCUCGACACCGAUCAACGCCCUGCUCUCCCGCGGCCUCGAGAGGUUUGUCGCGGGCAGCGCGUACGCGCCCGUGCUCAAAGUAUUCGACUACCGCUGGCAUAAGGGCUACUACCAUACGGAUUCUCUCCCCUGCGGCAACGAUAGGCCCUACCCAACUCCACGGCCCCCCACCAUCAUAAGCGAGCCACCCUUUCCCGAAAAUCGGGCGCCGUGUGAUCACAUCGGCGGCCGGCCUUGCCGAUGGCACGCUCUCUCGAGACUGGACUACUAUCGGCCCAACUUCAAUAUGUGGCUCCUACCCCCUGCCGGAGAUAGCUCCCCGGUCUACUCGGUGGCCUCACCUGCCGACGAUUCGCCGACGCUGUUUGUAGGCCUAUCUGGAACGCUCAUGGAGAUCACGGCGAAGAGCAGCCCGUGGCCAGUGUUCAGGAAUAACGUCUGGCCCGCGCGUGACCUCUCGUAUCUGCGACAGGCGGGCAGCACGUCGUUCAUCGAAACCGGCGACGGCGCAUACCUGUCAGACGUCGCGCAGUCGCGGCGCGUGCCACCGAUGCACCGCCAGGUAUUCAGAGACCUGAGCAACGACUCGCCGGUGCGCGCCGCCUGGCGGAGGCGCAGUCGUCUCGACGAGUGGGUUCAGGACAACCCGGGGGAAGAAGACUACGACGAGCUGCACCAGCGGAUGAGUCGCGAGCUCGUCGUGCAGCCCCUGGCGUAA